CGGGGAGGUAAAUCAUGAGUGAGAAUGGGAUCAAAGAUAUAAAUAAAGUAGUAAUUCCCACAAUCUUCUUCUUCCACUCGCCCAUCAAAUGUGAAGAGCAUUAUAAUAUAACACCUUGAACAAUAUUACUAUCAUAUAACCACCCAAUAUGCCUAAGCACUAUCAACUCAUGAUUCGAACUCAAGGCGGUGCUCCUAAUCUCGGAGGAUACCCUGGCUCGGCUGAUGGCACCGUCCUGAAAAUUGCCAAGGAUGCCGGUGCUUCAACCGGCCAGAAUUUACCUGCUCCCCUGAUCUAUCCUCCCAUGUACAGUGCCAGAGUUGAUGUCGACUCAGCUGUCGGCGCCGAUGAAUAUAAGAAGCAAUACGAGCAAGCUUGGUUGCAAGGCAAGGAUGAAGAGGGCGAGGAACUCCCUCCUGCUUCAUUUGCUGUUCGGGAUAUAGAUGAUGACUGACUGGUUUAAAUUUACGCUGGCCUGAAGGGGGAUAAAGAAAACAAUUGCUGUCUGAGGUAACAAAGGAAACAAGCCAGAUGAAUACUAUCAAAUUAUUGUGUUAUCAAGAUAUAAUAAAACAUUCUCGUACAUUUUGCUGUCUGAGCUUUUUACAAGUUUAUCUCUAUAUUGCGAUUGAGUCUGUCU